CCGUGGAUGUGAAGGCUGUAGGCUUGAUGCAAUGCAGGAAGCAGAAGAACUACAUGAUGUUUGUGUCUUGGUCAGAUCAAACCAACAUUCUCAUCUACCGGACGUUUGAAGACUUUAAAAGAUUCCAUAGAGAGCUGAAGAGGAAAUUCCCCAUCGAGAGCGGCUCGCUCAGGAGCUCUGACCGGACGCUACCCAGGUUUAAAGGCGCAAACGUGAGGCAGAGGAAGAGUGGGAGGCUGAACGGGUGCCUGGAGACACUGAAACUGCUGGAAACUUACUCCCAGAAGCUGCUGAAAACGGAUGCUAAAAUCUCCCAGGGUGAAGAUGUGAUUCAGUUUUUCAAGGCGCAGACCCAAGACCUAGAUCCCUCCUUUCCUGAAAACAGCGUUGUGAUCAUGCCCUCAGAAAUGGGAGGGGAAAAGAAAAACCAGCCCCAGCAGCAGCUCUCCUCUAUCACACACCCCCAGGCGUCCCAGAGCUACAGAUGCAUCGAAACCUUUGAAACCAAAGACACAAAGAACAAGGCUUUCAUAGUCACCGAGAAGGAAAUUGUUGAAGUGUUGAUCAAGGACAUGACUGGAUGGUGGCUGGUGGAAAACGCAGACAAGCAGAUAGCCUGGUUCCCAGCCUCGUACCUGGAAGAGAUUGAUGUCCACAAGGACACCCAGAAUGCCCCGAGCUCAAACGAGGAAGGCGGCCUCUACUUCGUCGCGCGGGCCUACGAGUCCCGGGAAGCAGACGAGCUCUCGCUGCACAACGGCGUCGUGGUGGAGGUGGUCAGGAGAUCUGACAACGGCUGGUGGCUGAUCCGAUACAACGGCCGGACUGGCUACCUGCCCUCCAUGUGCCUCCGGCCCUACAGGAACCCUCACCACAAGCUCCAGACCAUCAUGAGCUGCGGGCUCAACAUCUCCACCCCCAACCUCUGCUCCUCCCCGACGGCUCCUCAGCCCCGGGGGGAGGCCACGGGGCAGCGCAGGGCGCAGGCUGGCUCUUCCCUUGACCGGACUGAGGAGGACGUGAGCUCUCUGAGAAGCAGAUCAAGGUCCCUGCCCAGGGCCAGCUCCACCUCGGACCUGGAGUCGGACAGCUUGUCCCUCAGCUCGGGGAGCAGCAGCGAGCGCGAUGGCCGGCUGAGCUGGAAGCCUGACUUGUCGAGAUCCCUGCCCGAAGUGGAGCGGGCCAGGAGCCCUUCCCUGGGGCAGGCCUUGGCCGCGCACAGCAGCAAGUCUCCAUGCCUCACCCCCAAGGACAGGAACGAUUCUGGCUUCGUGGAAUCAUCUGCAGCCGAUCUAAGCUACUCCCUCACUGAUCCCGACUUGGCCGCUUGUGCCCCCAAAGUGCCCGCGCGCCCCUCGGCCCACGAGAUCCUCCAGAAGUGCAGCACCGUCACGAAGCGAGCUGUGCAGCAGUCUGCCCCCCGGCCGGCCCUCCACGCUCUGCGCCCCCUCCCCAACGUGCACUAG